GCCAGAUUGGAUCAAAUGUAUACGAUACUGGUAACAGCAGGAUUCACCACUGGAAUGCUGGGGAAUGCGUUCAUUGGAUUGGUAAACUGCUCUGACUGGGUCAAGAAUCAGAAAAUCACCUUCAUCAACUUCCUCUUGAUCUGUUUGGCAGUUUCCAGAACCAGCUCUCUGCUUGUGAUAUUUAUUGAUGCAAUCAUACUAGAACUAGCUCCUUGUUUCUAUGACUCUUACAGUCUAAUAAAAUGCUCUGAUAUAUUGUGGGUUGUGACUGAUCAACUGUCUACAUGGUUUGCCACCUGCCUCAGCAUUUUCUACUUCCUCAAAAUUGCCCACUUCUCCCAUCCCCUUUUCCUCUGGCUGAAGUGGAGAAUGAGAAUUGUGGUUGCUGUUUUUCUUGUAUUUUCUUUGUUCUCUUUGAUAUCCUAUUUUCUACUGCUUGAAACAUUUCCUAUUUUGAGGGAAAUUUACAUGAUCACGGAAAGAAAUCUGACUUUAUUUUCAGAAACAAGUAAGACCACUGCUGUUAAAAGCCUAUUCUUUUUCUCCCUGAUGUACUUGGUCCCACUUUUUGUGUCCGUAGCAUCACUGAUCCUUUUAUUUUUGUCCUUGGUGAAACACUCUAGAAACCUUAACCUCAUUUCCACCAGCUCUGAAGAUUCUAGAACCAAGGUCCACAAGAAGGCCAUGAAAAUGCUGUUGGCUUUCCUAAUUCUCUUCACACUUCACAUUUUUUUCAUGCAGCUGGCACGUUGGUUAUUUAUUUUUUUACCAGGCAACAGGUCAACUAAUUCUGUUUUGUUAACAUUAAUUAUCUUUCCUUUAAGCCACUCACUUAUUCUGAUCCUGAGUAACAGCAAGCUUCGGCAGACAGCAGUGAGGGCCCUUCAGCAUCUUAAAAGCCAGCUUGAAGAGAUGAUCCUCUCCCUUCAUAGAGUUUCUGGAGUCUUUCCUAAGUGGAUAAGUUAA